AUGACUCUCCCUCCUGGCGUCUACCGUGCAGACCACGUCGGCUCCCUAUUGCGUCCUACCCUGCUCAAGGAAUCGCGGACGCAGCUGGAGAAAGGGGAAAUCAGUUCCAGCGAGCUGCGAUCCCGGGAGGACGAAUGCAUCCGGGAUGUGGUGAUUAAACAGUUGGCAAAGGGCAUCCGCGCCAUCACCGAUGGAGAGUUUCGCCGCCGGUCGUUCCAUAUCGACUUUCUCACACAGAUCGGUGGCGUCGAGUACCGCGAGGACCUAGCGACCAUCAAGCCGACGCGCGACUCUCCACCAAGGCUUUUCGUGACCGAGAAGCUGCACCAUCCAAAUGCCAUCCAAGUGGAUGACUUUAAAUUCCUGCAGCAAUCCCUGCGCGACUCGUCCGUUGCAGCCACGGCCAAAGUAUGCAUCCCCGCGCCGACCGCGUUGCAUUUCCGCGGUGGCCGCGAGAACGUCAGUAGGGAGGCAUAUCCCGAUAUGGGCCUGUUCUUCCAGGACCUGGCCAAGAUGUGGCAGCAGGAGAUUGCCGACCUGUACGCUGCCGGGUGUCGCUUUGUUCAACUAGAUGAGACCAACAUGGUCUACCUGUGCGACCCGUACUUUCGCCAGUCCGCCAAGGAGCGCAAUGAGGACCCUAACCAGCUGCCGCUCCAGUACGCCGCUCUAAUCAACGCGGCUAUAUCGCAGCGACCGGCCGACAUGAAAAUCGGCAUGCAUCUGUGUCGCGGUAACUAUCGAAGUCAGUGGUUCGCGUCCGGCGGGUAUGAGCCCAUCGCCGAGGUGCUCUUCCAGCAGCUCGACGUCGAUGUCUACUUCUUGGAAUUUGAUGACGAGCGCUCUGGUGACUUCAAGCCGUUGCGCUUUUUGCCCCCCAACAAGAUUGCUGUGUUGGGUCUGAUGACAAGCAAAGCCCCCUCGCUCGAGGAGCGAGACACAGUUGUUGCUCGCCUGAAUGAAGCUGCUGCGUUCUGUCCGCGGGGCUUGGACCAGCUGUGUCUCAGCCACCAGUGUGGCUUCUCCAGUUCGAUAGAGGGAAAUGAGUUGACGGAAGAGGACCAGUGGGAGAAGGUUUCGUUGAUGGUUGACAUUGCGAAGUCUGUUUGGGGCGAUGAUUUGUCCUCGUGA